AUGGUUGAAAAUAAGGAAUGGCUUGAAAAGGCUAUAGUGGAGAAUUAUAUAAACAUAUUCGAUUACGCAGAUUUUACUAAUUUUAAACACAUCGGUGAUGGGAGUUUUGCAACGGUGAGAAGUGCCAACUGGCUAAGUCGUGGAACAAAAGUGGCUUUGAAAAGCCUAAAAAGAGGAUUAAAAUUUGAUGAAGUCGCAAUGAAGGAAUUCAUGCGUGAGGAUACGCAACUUCAUUUAAAUAACAAUCAAAUGCACAUGUAUAAGUCUUCAUCAACUAGAUCAAGUUCUGAGAGUGAUAGUUUUCGAAAUGAUGUGGCAGAAGCUCUGAAUACGGAAAUAAAACAUAUUAUUUACUCUGGCUUAGAGCAUAAAAAGGCAGCCUUUUCAGAAAUUUCUAAUUUUCAGACAUGUAAUCAAAUCGUUGAUAAUAGAAGAAGAAGCUUGUCUUCUAUUAGAAAUAAUCUUGUGCAACCUUCCAAAGACUUUUGGAAAGAGAAACUUUCGGUAAUUAAGGAAAAUUAUACUGUGAAUUUACCAGAUAAUCUUUCUUUAGAAGAAGAGACAUAUUCAAAGUUAUCUUCUGGUACAAAGCCAGUGCAUCAUGUGAAUAAUUUGUAUUCUUUCUCAAAAAGACGUCCGCCUGGAUCGAAAAGCCUAAAACAGACCGUCUCCAUAUCAGAUUUAAAAAUCACAAACUCUUAUCUGCCAGAAGAUCAAAUGGAUAUUCCAAUAUCUCUGACUUUGAACCAAGAAAUAACAUAUCCUCAGGAGAAUGAUUUUGUCUUAUACAAUGGAAAGCCCAUGGAAUCAAUUACACCAGUUAUAGAUGAUAUGCAUGCUAUUGUAAUUAAAGAACAACCAUUUUUCAUUCCUUACUCUCAAUUUAAUAUAAUUGCGCCAUUGAAUUAUGGAUAUUUGGGUAGAAGUUUUAAAGUAUAUUGGAAGAAAACAAAUAAUGUUGUUGCUCUCAAAAAGUUGUAUCUUAAAGAAGAGGCUCGGGAAGAUUUUCUAGAAGAUUUUUUAAAAGAAAUAAAAAUACAUUCAAGGGUAGAGAUGUGUAAGAAUAUUAAUCGACUUUUAGGGAUAACUCAUGAUGUCGUCAACAAUAUAUAUAUGCUUAUAACAGAAUAUGCGGACAAAGGAAAUUUAAGAAAAUAUUUAAAAAAUAAUAGCUCAUUUAUGACAUGGAAACAAAAGAUUGAUUUCGCACUUCAAAUCACAAAUGGAAUUCAAUAUUUGCAUGGUGAAAAUGUAAUUCAUGGUAAUCUUUUAACAGAAUUUGGAUUUACAAGAUCUCUAGAAUCUGAUCCGUUGAAAAGUCAUUUAGGUGUGAUAGCUUACAUAGCACCAGAAUUACUAAAACCUACAUCUACAUCUACAUUUUUAAAUGACGAUUCAAAAUCUAUGGAUUUAUCAAAAUCUACAGACAUUUAUAGUUUGGGAAUAUUGUACUGGGAACUUAUUAGUGGAUAUCCUCCAUUCAAAAAUUCAAAUGAAAUUAAAUUAGUUGAAGAAAUAUGCGCUGGAAAAAGAGAACGUCGAGUUCCAGGCACCCCGAAUGAAUAUGUUGAAUUAUAUUCGGAAUGUUGGAGUGGCCAGCCAGAAAAUCGUCCAAAUGUUAAGGUGGUUUAUAAACAAUUGAAGAAGAUAAUGGAAAGAAUUAAUAGAGAAG